GUUUAUUCUGGCAGGGUAGAGUGCAGCCUCAAUCCUGUGAAGUACGAACUAGUGUGGAUGGAGCACGACAUCUCUCUCCGUCCCUCCCUCGCAUGCCAAGUCAGACUGACUUUAUCUCUGUUCACCAGCUCCGACUUUAUUUUGUCCUCUGCAUCUGGAGUGACUGACUGAGAGGAAAAAGGAAGAAGCAGGUUCUUCAGCCUCGGAGGAAGAGAGCGAGGCUUCCUAAAACAGUGCGUCACCAGAAACCACUACUGAGAGCCUGGACAAGACCCCCAGAAGACAGCCACCAUGUGUGACUGUUUUCACCUGGCAUUUCCCAACUGGCAUGCGUCAGCCGCGGGAGAAGGGCGAAGGUUGAAGGAACCAGAACAAGACACAGAUGAUGAUUUAGUAUGUGAGGAGCCUGAAGUUUUAGAGGGGGAAAGACCUCGUCCUCAGGGUUCCUCUCCUGUCGAGGAAUUCCCCACCACAGAGAAAUACGCAAAACAGGUUGAAGGUGAUUUCUAUGACUCACCCACCAAGAGUUCCAAAAAAAGCAAAAGGAUUGGUUUCGGCUCGCUGUUUGACAAGCGUUCCUCUGCCAAGAUGAAUCAAACAGAGGAUAUGCAAAGUGAUCAGUCAGAAAUAAUAGUGAAAACUGUAAAAGAAGUCUGUGCUGAGGGUUUGGUUGUAAGUGGAGGAAAGGAUGGCAUCUUCAUCAAGGAAGUAAAACCAGAGUCACCUGCCUCAAAGCAUUUAAGUGUGAAAGAAGGUGAUCAAAUACUUAGUGCUACAGUAUACUUUGAUAAUGUGUCAUAUGAAGACGCCCUCCAGAUUCUUGAGCAUGCUCAACCAUAUAAAGUGGCAUUCUGUCUAAAACGCAAACCACCUCCAAGAACCCAGGAAGAUGCUGAGACAGAGAGGCCAGAUAUAACCAUUGGUGAGGAGGCUGAGCAAGUAGAGGAAGGUAGCGGACCAGAGAUGAGAGGUCGAAGAAAGACAAAAAAGCAACAUGAUCGCAUCUCUUGGCCCAAAUUCCCUACCUUUAGCAUAGGUCGCAGGGCGAAUUUUAAAAGAUCUCACAGCACGUCAGAAGCAGAGGAACAGAGAAAAUUAGAGAUAAGUCCGCCAACAAGUGACACAGAGUCUCCUCUUAAGUCUCCAUUAAAAUCCCCAGAUGGAAAAGACAAGAAAAAGAAGCAUAAAGUGAAACCUAAGAAGCGUAUGGCAGGCCGCAGGAGCAAAUCUGUUGAAGAAACCCAAGAAAACAAAAAGGCGCUUGCAACAGACAAUAUGAAGGUCUUGGACAACCAAAUUAUUAUGAAUAUAGUCGAAGAGCAAGUGCCAAUGACUAAUGUGAUAGAGAGUCCUAAAAUAUUGAAUGAAGCUGAAAAUAUUGACUCAACUAAAACAGGAAAUGAAUAUACAUUCCCCACUUUGCCAGCGACUGAAUCACUGCAUAAGGUUGAGCUCAUCAGUGUGGACACCACAUUAAAGACUACUGAUAUUACAGUCACUCUUGGAGAUGAUGGCAAAGAAAGGAGAGAGAAAUCAGAACUGAAGGUUAGCAUUCCAGGAAAGGAUAAAUAUGAAAUAGAAACAGAGAGCCAAUUAAAAUCCUCCACAAGUGGAAUGAGAACUUUGGAUCCAUCAACAUUCGACAAUAUUUUGGACAGUCCUAAUGUAAUAUCACAAACGGAACCGGUUAGACAUCAAGUGGAUUCCGAUAGCAAACCAAUAAUUAAAGAGAUAUUAGAAAAGACCCAAGAGUCAGGAAAAACAGACAUGACCAUAGCUAAAGUUGAUGUUUCUCUUGACAUGCCAGAGGUAGGACCAAUAAGCAAAUUACCAAGAAUUGGCAGCGACAAGGAAAAGAAAGAAAGAAACAUUCUAGAAACAGAAAGUUAUGGGAUUCGAACCAGAGGACCAUUGGCAGACAUAGCCACAUCAAAGAGUCAUUUUUCAAAUGCAGUAAACAAACUAGAUUUUACAUCAGACACUUGUGAGAUUCAAACAAGAGAGGAUAUGUCCUCAACAGACACAAAGAAACCAAUCACUCCAACUCCUGUUAUAUCCCAGCCAAAAUCACAUGCUCUGGAUGUGGACAGAAGCAGGAAGAGUACUGGAGGUAGCAUGGACAUUGAAUCAAAUUUUAAACUGCCUAAAGUGGAUGUCUCUGAAUUCGACCACCAAGAAUCAAUAACUGUAAAUCAGAAAGACCCAACCAAAGUGCCUCUCCUGAAACGAGAGGAAAUUGAGAUUUCUGGCAUGGAGGACAUAGGAUCAAAAGCCAAGGUUAAGCCUCCUAGAAUUAAAGAACAAAAAGUUGAGAAGAUAAUAAAAAUAUCAAAAGCAGGAAAAAAGCAAGAUAAGGCGGAAGCAGAAGAGUUUAAUGUUAAGGAUGUAAAGGACGCAGUAUCAAAAUUUCCUGCCUUCAAAUUACCUGAGAGAGACAUCACUGGAGUCCUUGUACAGAGAGAGAUCACAAUCAUGGAAAUUAAGUCAGACAAGACUGGCAUGACACCUAAAGGAUCCCCUUGUAAAAUUCCGAGCAUGAGCACAGAAAUAAACAUUAAUUUGCCUGACACAAUGGAUAAAGAAAAGCAGAUACUUUCUCCUGUUGCUACAAAAGAUCAAACCUUCGUAUUACCAAAAAUUGAACAAUUGCAUCUUGAUGAAAUGGUUAUAAUCAAGAGCAAAACAGACCUAUCAAAAAUUAAACUUGCUGACCACCAACCCAUAACUGGCAAAAUGUUAGCAAGGGAUGAUAAGAUAAGUACAUCUCCAGAUGUAAAAUUCAAACUUCCAAAGCGUGAAGACAUUGAAAUACCAGGAAUAGAAGCCAUUGAACAAUCAGUUCAACCAACAAAAAGCAUAAUAGCCAAAGAUACAGACACUCAAGACGAGGCUGUGAAAGAAUAUACUGAUACAAAUAUCAAAGCUGACAAAAAUGUGCAUGAAAAGAAAUCAAAGAAAUCAAAGGUAUCAAUGCCAAGUUUUGGAAUCAUGACACCUGACAUUCGCUUUCCAGGUAUUGUGAUUGAAUUACCAAUAAAGGCCACGUCACCUAAAAGUGAUAGUGGCACAAUCAAGGAGAGGACAACUGAAGCAAAAAUAUCAGAAGACAAUAUCAAAAAAUCUUCUGAAGAAGCAACAUUUAAAAAAUCUCAAAAAGGUGAAAGCUGUGCACCUGAGCAUGAAACUAAAAAAGCACAUGACAUAGAGAGUGAUCAAAUGCUCCAUCAUGAUGUUUGCACUGCUAUUGUUAAGGAAACCUCAAAACAAGAUGUUGAAGGAGAACUGAAGGCUGAAAUCAAAAGCAAAGGCACAGAUUCCUCUCCACAAAAAAAGAAACUGCAUAAAUUAAAAAUGCCCAAAAUUGGAGGAAAAUCUAUGAAAGGAACAGCUGAAGUCACUACAAAAGAGGAUGUUACAGUGCAAGAAAAUGACAUAAUAGAGGUUGAAUUAGAUUCUGAGAAGAGAACAAUUGAGACUGAUCCCAAAGCAUAUAGUGUAGAAACUAAAUUAAAAAUGCCAAGCAUAGAUGUUUUUGUUCCAAAAAUAAAAAUCCCUAAGGCAGAGGGAAAAUCAAAAGCUGUUGAACCUGAAGCUGUUGAAGCCAUUGAGGAUGCUCAAGAGGAGAGUGGAUUUAGAUUGAUCAAGUUUGGUAUCUCAAUGCCAAAAGAGAAGACAGAAGAAGGUGGCCUGUUACCAGAUGAAUCUGAAAAAUCCAUCAUCAAGGUUAGUGGAAAAACUGAAGUGGAGCCAUCUGAACUUCCACAAGCUGAAAUGAAAGUAGCAGAGUCUAAAAUGAAGAAAAGGAAAAUAUCAUUUCCCAAAUUUGGAUUCUCUAAAUCAGAUACUAAAGUAUCUGAUGCUGACAUAACUCUCCCAGCCGCACAGGGCUCUUUACAUGAUGCUGAUGGGACAGAACUAGAUGUUAAAAGUAAGACCAAAGAUGUAGAGGCUGAGUUCAAGGAUUCAACAGAUUAUCCCACAAAAUUUAAACUUCCCACAAUUAAAUUUCCAAAAUUUGGAGUCUCAUUUCCCAAGACAACUGAUGCUGGGGGCAAUAUUCAAAAGCCUGAUGUCAGCACAGACGAAGCCAAACUACCUGUAGAAGCAACAGCACUUUCUGACAAGAAAGGCAUGGAAAUGACUCUCAGUGUAUCCAAACCUGAAGUUGACUUGUCUCUGCCCGAGGGAAAGGCAGAAAUCAAAGGUUUUCAGAAAAAAGAAAUAAAAUCAUCUGAAGAAAUGUCAUUUUCUAAACCAGAUAUUGAUGCUAGCCUGACUGGCCAUGAUGCUGAAGAAAUUCCAGCUAUUGUAUUUUCAAAACAAGACAUCAAAGCUGCAGGCGUUGAUGUUAGUCUUCCACAGGUUGAUUUAUCAAUUCCAGAAGUUUCUGUGGAAAUAAAAGAGUCUGGUGUGCACUUCACAAUUUCAAAGGAUGAGGCUGAACAUAAAGAUCUAACAAAUGGUGGUACACCAGUAAAGUUUCCCUCUAUCAGCUUACCAAAGUUUGGUGGAAAAUCAUCUAAGGUAGUGAAAGACAUGCCAUUUGUAGAUAUAGAUACUGAAGAACCUGAUGAAAGCCUUCCAGAAACACAAAUAAGCAUGCAACUAAAAGAUGAUGCACCAGCAGGUGAUAUCAAGGAUUCUUUUGAGACUACAGAAGGUCAAUUUGUUAGUGUAGAUAUGAAGGUUGAAGAAACAAAGCUCAAAGAACAAGAGGUUACCGUUACACUGCCUAAAUUUGGCAUUAGCCUCCCAAAGGUUGAAGCCCACAAGCCAACUGAUAGUGUGGAUAAAGAAGAAUCAACUAUAGACCCCAGAGAAUCAAAUGCAGAUUCUGAUCAGGCUGAGAAAGAUCCAAGAACUCCAACAAAAAUUAAACGUCCUACAAUUAAAUUCCCAAAAGUUGGUGUCUCAUUUCCAAAAUCAACAGAUGCAGUCUCUGACAAUCAAAUGCCUGAAGUCACCAAAGAUGAACCUGCAAUGGAAAUUAAAGCACUAGAAACCGAGCUGCCUACAGAGUCGCCAUCAUUACCUGAAAUGAAAACCCCACAUAUUAUUCUCAGUGUUUCCAAACCCGAAGUUGAUGUAUCUACCCCAGAGGUGGAAAAGGCUAUUGAUGAACAUUCUGAAAAGAAAAAAGAAAAGGUAUUGUCUUCAGAUUAUGCAUUUUCUAAACCAGAGGUUAAGAUGAGCCUUGUAGGCCAUGGUCUUGAUCAAGAGACAGCUAUAGAAGGUUUGAAAAUGCAAGCCAGUAAUCUUGAGGCGGAAGUCAACCUUCCUUCAGGUUCAGUAGAGGAAGUCAUCCUGGAGGCUAAAGAAAAGGAGAGUGAAUUCAAACUUAAAAAACGUAAGAUAUCUUUUCCUAAAUUUGGCUUUUACAAAUCUGACACUAAGAUCCCUGAUGCUGACACCAGUCUUCAAAAAGAAGGAAUAUCUGUGCCUGACACUGUGAUCAAAGAGACUGAAAUGACUUUUCCUGCUCCAGAGGUUGAAGUCCAGUUGAAAAACAAAAGUACUUCUGGUUCUCCAUCUAAAUUCAAGCUUCCAACAAUUUCUCUCCCUAAAUUUGAUAUUUCCAUUUCAAAGACUGGGGAAGAGUCUGUUGAAAAAUCUGAGGAUGAUGCACAGUCAGAAAUAAAGGCAGCAUCAGCGGUUGCAUCACAGGAUAAAGAUACAGGAACACAAGAUACAGAACCAUCUAAAUCAACUUUAGAAACCCUACCGAUGGAUGCUGAAAUUAAAACUAAAGACACUGAUCCUAGUAGUCAAGGGAGUAGAUUUAUGAUGCCCAAAUUUGAAUUUUCAUUUCAAAAGCUAAAGGGACCAGAAUUUAAAAAGGGUGCAUCAAGAACAGAUGCAGAAAAAUCAGAGGUUCCACUGAAACAUGACAAAGAGAGUGCUGAAGGAAAAGCAGGCAUACCUGAAGCGUCUGUGGAAAUGGAGGUAACAUUGAAAAUGCCAAAAAUGCCAAGCUCAGAGCAUGAAUUUUCUGAACAAGACAUUAAAGCUCUAGAGAUUAAUGUUGAGAGGGGCGAUACAUCUAUGGCAGUAGGUGAAGUGGAUGUGAAUCUUGAGUCUGACUUGAAAAUUCAGACAACACAGAUGUUAAAAGAUGAUUCAACCAUGGGAGGGUCACAGAUCAAAUUCAAACUUCCUUCUUUCAAACUACCGAAAUUCAGAAGUUCAUCUUCCAAAGUAAAAGCUGAAAUAAUGGAUUUGAGGGGUGAGGAAAUUACUUUGGAGACUGAAGAUUUAAUCACAUCAGUAGAACCAUCAGACGUCAAAAUUGACUCUAAUGUGCCCGGUCAAGAGUUGAAGAAACCCUCAAUCAGUGCUGAUCAGACAAAGGUAGAUAGUGGAGAUCAAUAUAUCCUGUCACUUACAGAGGCCAGAAUAUCAAAGGCAGAAGGCUAUAUUUCUUUACCAGAGGCAAAACUUGGGGAAGUAUCACAAGCCACACUAGAAAGCAAAAUUGAUCAAGAAGUUGGUUUAAAAGACACAGGUAUGAAAAUUAAAAAAACAGGCUUUUCACUUCCUAAAUUUGGAUUUUCUAAACCAGAUAUCAAGGCCCCAGAGAUUGAUGUCAGUCUUGCACAAGUUGAUACCUCUAAACCAGAAAGUGAUCUGAAAAUAAAAGAACAAACUUUGAAUAUCACAGUGUCAAAUGUUGAGGAUGAUCAAAAAGAUACAACAGCUCUCAGUGCCACAGCAAAAUUUCCACUCCCCUCAAUCAACAUCCCAAAGAUUGGAGGACAAGCUACGAAGGAAGAGAAAACUAUGCCAGUUGUAGAUAUAGCUGUUAAAGGACCUGAAGUGAUUGGUUCAGAUACACAAAUAAAAAUAUCAGGUGAAGCCCCAUCAGUAGAUAUAAAGAGACCUCAUCUAGCCACAGAGGGUCAAUCUGUAAGUGUUGACUUAAAUGUUGAAGAUGCUGAACUUGGAGGACAGGGAGGAAAGUUUAAGAUGCCAAAGUUCGGUAUUGGCCUUCCUAAAGUAAAAGGGUUUGAUUUAAGUACAUCCAAGACAGAUGAUAUAACUGAAGUAAAACAAAUUCAUAUAACAAAGCCAGCGAUAACAACUGAGGGGAUGGUUCAGCCACCAGAACAAGAUUCUAAAUUUCUAGAUGUGCAGAUAAAGCCAUCACCUGAAUUUGGGUUUUCAAAACCAGAAAUAAAAGCCCCUGAAGUUGAUGUAAGUAUUCAAAAAACGGAUAUCCCCAUACCAGAAGGCAGUAUGGACCUAGAAGAAAUAAAUGUGGAUAUUAAAGUGUCAAAGAUGGAGUCUGACCAAAAAGGUUCAACAAUUUUUGGAUCUCCAACAAAGUUUAAACUCCCGUCAAUAAGCUUCCCGAAAUUUGGUGUUAAAUCACAAAAAGUAGCAUUAGACAUUAAUGUGGCAGAUUCAGAGCUAGAGGGAACAAAUAUAAAAACAGACAUUUCUAAACCUGAUGUGAAAUUAGAAGUACAGACACCCAAAAGUGAAGCUAAAGUUGAAGGGAGUGCAGAUAUGCCUGAGGUUGAUUCCAAAGGACUGCAAGUAAAAGUGAAGAGAUCGAGCUUUUCAUUCCCCAAGUUUGGGUUUUCUAAACCAGACACAGCAACUCCGGAAGUUAAUAUCAGUGUACCAAAGGCUGAAGUAUCCAUACCAGAGGUCAAUGUACCUGUUAAAGAACAAACAGCACAAGUCACACUUCCAGGAGGAGAGGCUGAACAGAAAGAUCUAAUGAUUGUUAGUUCCCCAACCAAAUUUAAACUGCCAGAAGUUAACCUGCCAAAAUUUGGAGUCAAAACUUCAAAGGGUACAGUAAGUUUACCAUCAGCAGAUAAGGACAUAAAAGGAAUAGUAAUUACUGUUCAUGAACCAGACAUCAAGUUGUCAGGUCAAAUACAAAAAACUGAAUUAGAUGUAAAAGAAAUAGAGACUGAUAUACAUGCCACAAUAAGAGAAACUGAUGUUCAUCUAGCAGAAGGAAAAGUAAUACUACCCCAACCUGAUGUUGACGUUCAAGACAUAUCCAUUGAAGGCAAAGCAGAUAUGUCUGAAGUUGACUUGAAAGGGCAUGAUGUGAAACUGAAGAAGCCAAGCUUUUCACUACCAAAAUUUGGGUUUUCAAAGACAGAUAUUAAGGGGCAAGAUGUUGAUGCCAUUCAACCAAAGGCAGAUAUGUUUAUGCAAGAGGACAACAUACCUGUUGAAGACAAAGAUGCAGAAAUCACCAUCACAGAUGAAGUGAAAAAACAAGGAGAUACAACAACUCAGACAAAAUUUAAGCUGCCCUCAUUCAACCUUCCAAAGUUUGGACUCAAAUAUCCAAAAGCUACAGCUGAUAUUCCAGCAGCUGAAGUAGAUAUCAAAGAACCUGAAAUCAGUUUCCCAGAAAAAGGAGAGGUACAAACCACUGACACUGAAACAAACAUAGAUAUUAAAGGGCCAUCUGCUGAUGUGGACAUUAAGGUCAAGGAGAUUGAUGAUGAUGGGACGGGGAGUACGUUCAAACUGACAAAAUUUGGAAUUGGCAUGCCAAAAGUAAAGGAGAUAGAGAUGGAGGGUAAAGAAAUAAACAUAGAGACUGACCUGCUAUGUAAAGAAAAUGUAAAUGUACAACAGCCUGGUGUUGAAAUUCAAAAUGUGACCACUGAGGGGAAAACAGAUAAAGUUGAAGUUGACUCCAAAGGGCUGAAAGUGAAACUUCCCAAAUUGGGAUUUUCAAAACCAGACCUUAAGGCUCCUGAAGUUGAUGUGAGUCUACCCAAAGCUGACAUGGGCACAUCAGUGGGAAAUGUUGAUGUUUCAAAGCAAUCUGCAGACAUUCAAUUACCAGAACAAGAUCUUUAUUUGAAGGAGGACACUUUUGGCUCUCCAACAAGAUUUAAACUUCCAACAAUCAGUUUCCCAAAAUUUGGAACCAAAGCAUCAAAGGAUACGGCUGAUAUACCUAUGGCACAUGUGGACAUCAAAGUUCCUGAAGUAAGCCUUCCCGAUAAGAUGUUUAACAUGUCAGGAGAAGUGUCAAGUGUUGAAAUGAAAGGGCCAACAGUAAAGAAAGAGCUAAUUUUACCCAAAGGAUCAGUGGAAGUGGAUGUGGAGGCUAAAGGUGCUGAACUUGAAGUAGAAGAAAGUAAAAUCAAACUACCACAGUUUGGAAUUUCUCUACAAGCAUCGAAAAGUCCAGAAUUUGACAUAAGUGUUUCAAAAGCAGAGGUUUCUAAAACUGACGUAAAAAAAGCUGGUACAGAAAAAGAUGUCGAGAUUGAGGAACUAGCAGGUUUAACUGAUUUGAGUUCUAAGGGACUAAAAAUGAAGAAACCAAGCUUUGGAUUUCCAAAUAUUGGAUUUUCAAAAUCAGAUGGCAAGUCCCAAGAUAUUCAAGCCACUGAAACGACAGCAGAUAUAUCCUUGCCAGGGGGCAAUACAGAAAUAGAAGAAAGUGAAAGAGAGGGCAAAACUGAAAUAACAGGUCCAAAAUUUGGCUCGCCAACAAAAUUCAAACUCCCAACAAUAAAAUUACCCAAAUUUGGACUCUCCGCUCCAAAGGUCCCUAGUGAUGCAGCAAAGGCUGAUUCUGAAACCAAAGAAAUUAAAGUUAGUUCUGUGGAUUAUGAGAUAGAGACAUCAAAGUUGGAUCCAUCAGGUGACAUCAAAGGCAAAACUGCAGAGAUGGAAACCCCAUCUACUGAUAUUGAUAUAAAAGAAAAAGAGCUUAAUCAAGAGGGACAGGAAAUUAAAUUUAAACUUCCAAAAUUUGGAAUUUCAUUGCCCAAAGUAAAAGGUCCUGAGGUGACAGUAACUGCAAAAGAGGUACACACAGAAACACCUGAAAUUGGAUUCACUGAACCAGAAAUCAAGAUGCAAGCAGAAGAUGCAAGUCUCCCAAAAGUAGACAUGGCUCUACAGGAAAGUUCCAGUCUUGAAAAAAAAGAGGUAGAGACUGAGUUGAAAGAUGAUACAGUUGUUUCAGGUUCUCCAAGUAAAUUCAAAUUGCCUACUUUUAAAAUGCCAAAGUUUGGAAUUUCAACUCAAAAAACAUCUGAUGCAAAAGUAAAAGUAGCAGAAGUAGAUGUACCAGAUGCUAACACUGACCUAAAUAUUGAAGACAAGCCUAUACAAAUGUCUAAAGAAAUACAAAGAGAGGGUGAAAUUAAAGAAAUCACUGAACAGCUUCCAGACACUGCUGCUAAAAAACUGGAUGGGGACAAAGGCUCCCCAAGUAAAUUCAAGUUUCCUACAAUAAAAAUGCCAAAGAUCAGCAUUUCCAGAACAAAAUCUCAGGAAGGAGAAGAUGACACAACUAGCAAAGUGAAUGCUCCAGAUGCUAAAAUAGAAACCAAAGAUGAUACACAAGGGCCUGGAAAAUCACCCAAAUUUACAAUGCCUACAUUUGAGGAUGUUCUCAGGGGCUUUGAGGUUGAAUUUAAUGUUCCAACAAUAGAGGAAAUGGAAGCACAAAAGGACAAGCCAUCUGUUAAGCAAGAUCAGGAGGCUGAAGCAAAAGUUGAGGAAACAGCAGAAUAUAAGGACAAAGGAGCUCAGGAGAAAUCAAAGUUUAAAUUUAAAUUUCCAACAUUAGGAUUCAGCCAGUCUUCAGAUGAAAGCGAUAAAUUGGUUGAUGCUAAGAUUGAAGAAAGUGAAAAGCAUUUGGAGGCUUCAGCAGAUCAGAAAGCAACUGUUAGCAAAGAACAAGCAAAAACAGAGAAAGGGGGCUGGUUCAAGUUCUCAUUUUCUUCUCCAACCAAAACAUCAAAAACAGAUGGGAAAGAAAUAAUCCAACCACCUGAAGAGGCUGAGAAGCUUGAUGAUGUUGAGAAAGAAUCAAGCAAGGCACACGAGGAACCUGAGAAGAUUUCACUCAGUGAGGCUGUGGAGGAAAACAUCAGCCCGACACUGUCACUGAAGUCAUCUGAAGCUUUUGCAGAUAUAAGUUCUACAGUAACCACUGAGCAGAUUGGCCUGUCACAGACCUCACCUACAAAGGUUAAAGUGAAAUAUGCUGAACCCACUGCCACCGUUGGGGUCAGUGAUGUACAAAAUUAUGUUGUGACUUCCACAGCCAGAUGUGAACUGAUAUCAAUGGAGCCUCACCAGCCAGAGAAAGUCAACAUUCCUUUCUUAUUGGAUAUGUCCUCAGCCUCAGUGGACACUCUGAAACAGAUGUCAGGGGAAAUUCAUGUCAUCACAUCAAACAUACAAGCUAUAUCAGAAAGACAGCAAGCCUCAAUCCUUACUAAUUUAGAUGUGCAUGGAAUUCACACAUCGCCUUUACAAGUAACACUAGGCUCAGAUUCAGUGUUGACAGUGGAGGAAACCAGAGUACAAAGUGGGACACACACAUUGAUGGAAAGGCAUGUUGUGAAUGAAACUUUACAUGAUGACAAAGAGACAAUACUUGUGACACAGAGAACACGUGCAUUUGAAGGAGACUCUGCAGAACCCAUUUCUGAUGAGACGGCUUCUUCGAUUCACAGCCUGAGAGACACGGUACACACUGAAAAAAUUAGUUUUUUUGACAGUGCAGCAACAAUUGAAGAGGUCACAAUAGUGAGCUCUGAAACAUCUCUAAGACAUAUGGAUUCCUCUACCGAUGAGAAUGGGGGGAAAUGAACAUGAGAUAUGGCUGAGUUGAUUUAAUGCUUUUGAACGUAUGUUUCAGUGUUC